UUGGGUUGAGCGGCGCAGCGGACCAAGGAAGGUGCUCAAGCAUGAAUGUUGUCACCGCUCCUUUGCAGCUGACCAGCACAGUUCUCAGCGCAGGAUCAUCUGCUACGUCACUGAGGUUUGGAAUGGAGCACAGCCAAACAAAUGAGGUGGGAGAGAGCAGUGAGAAUGCAGGUGGAGCUGAAGAAAAUACAAGUACAGAUGUGCAGGUGCAGAUGGAGAUGGAGGCAUCUGACCUGGUUGACCUCUUCAAAAGCCGUGUGCUUCUGGAGGCUCUCCAGCCAGAGAUGUGGACCCUGGAGCAUGACCAGAUGCUGAGUGUGUUCGCUCAAGAUGUUACUCAGAGGGUUCUGACUGUGUUCAUGGAUCAAUACUCUGGGCUUCAGGUGACCCUUGGCACACCUGCACAGGCCACAGAUUACCUCAUCUACUUCAUUCGGAAGGAGGGAGUUGAGAUUGACCGGGAUAAUUUCACCCACGUGGUGCAGUUUGGCAGCAUCCGAGGUGGACAUUUGGAGAGCCUGUUGAGACACGUGCAGGGCGUCUUUGCUCCUCAGUUCUUUGAGAAUCGAUUGUGGCCUGAGGGCAUCAGGAACAAUUUUUCAGCACACUUACACAAGUUCCUCGCCAACCUCACAGAUGCACGGUAUAAGUUGGAUGGACACACAGUCCUCUACAUCCCACAGGAGAGCUUGAAUCUGAGCCCAGCGGAGGCGGCGAAGGACAAGGAGUUGGUACAGAGACUGGAGACUGCCGUUGUCCAUUGGACUCGUCAGAUUAAAGACGUGCUCAGUGCUCAGCAGUCCGUAGACACUGGGGAGAUCCUUGGACCACUGGAGGAGAUUCAGUUCUGGCGAAACCGUUGUGUGGACUUGUCAGGAAUUGAUUUCCAACUCGAUAAACCUGGAGUCAAACAUAUCCAGUCCAUCCUCGAGCUCUUCAAGUCCUCUUACAUUGCUCCCUUCCUCAAGCUUGCCAAGCUGAUUCAGGAUGGACGUGCUCAGGCGCAGUCCAACCUCAGCUUCCUGGCUUUACUCAAUGUGCCCUGCCAGGAGCUCACCACUCUGAAGGUGAGAGACAUUCCACCCAAGCUGCCUCACAUCCUCAACCUUGUCCGGGUCAUCUGGCUCAACUCCAAGUUCUACAACACCCGGGACCGUAUCACCGCACUCUUUCGCAAACUGAGUAAUGAAAUAAUUCACUUGUGCUCCAAAGAGAUCUCAUUGGAUAAGAUAUUUGAGGGCCACACUAAAUCAAGCAAGGCUACUCUAAAUGACUGCAUCGAGUGCUGCCAGGCAUGGAAGAGGCACUUUGCCCAUGCCUCCUCUGUUCACAGCAGGUUCUCAGACGUCCCCUGGGUCCUGGAUCACACAAGUAUUUUUGCUCAAGUGGAUGCCUUCAUACAGCGGUGCAGAGAUCUGCUGGAGGUCUGUGACUGCCAGGAGCUCUUUGCCCGCUGGAGCGAAGGGGAACAGACACCCCUUCCGUGUUUUGGAGGACAUCGUGGCCCUGAGAUAACACGGGGUCUACUGGAGAUUGAAGCCACGUUCAACAAGAUCCUACAAAUAUUGAAAAACUCCCAGACUGAGAUCUUGGAUGUGAAGAACACCUAUUGGCAUGAUGACUACAGCAGGUUCCGCUCCGGUAUUAAGGACCUGGAAGUGAUGAUGCAGAACCUGAUUUCAUCAGCGUUUGAAACUGUCAUCACAGUGCAACAUGGCGUGGAGCUCCUGGAAGUGUUCCACCAUCUCUCCUCUCGAGAGACUAUCAAACGCACCAUUGAUAAAAAGACUGUGGAAGUCUACAUCCUGUUCAAUGAGGAGCUCUCUCGGGUGAAUAAAGAUCUGAACAGAAAGGCCAUCUACUUGCCUCCGCAGAUGCCACGAUAUGCUGGCCAGGCGCACUGGGCACGGACUCUCCGCCGGCGCAUUGAGAGGUCCAUGGAGUUUCUAGCACAAGCUACCUCCCUGCCCAAAAUUGGACUGGGAGAUGAGUCAAUGGCAUUCUACAAGUCACUGGAGCAGUCACUGGAUGAAUUUGUGCGCAAGACCUUCACUGAAUGGACUGUCAAUGUGGACCGGGAGAAUAUAAAACGUUUGGAGAGACCUCUGAUGGUUCGAACUAAUGAUGAAUAUGGCCGACUCAGCGUAAACUUUGACAUGUACCUGCUGGAGUUGUUUGAUGAAAUUCAUUAUUGGGAACGGUUACUUUUUGAGAUCCCUCACUAUGUAAUGGAGAUCUAUCAGCGCCGGGAGGAACUCCGGAAACUCCGAGAGAGUGUUCUUUUGGUCGUGCGUGAUUACAACAGCAUCCUGGAUGAGUUGACAAAGGAGCAAAGGAAUCUCUUCAAAGACAGAAUCAAAUUCCUGGACAUGAAAAUUUCCCCAGGGUUGACCAAGCUUAAGUGGUCAUCCAGAAUCCUGUCGAGUUACUUCAUUGAUGAGUGCAGGCUGCAGGCCAGACAGCUGCAGCUGACGUUUGAUGAGUACAAGGCCGCGAGUCUGCAGAUCCAAAAGUACGCCUACCAAAUGAGUGACUUGCUGCUGGUGCACAUUGACAGCAAGCGCACAUACAGCGACAGGGACUUCCAAGAAGCACAGCAUGCCCACCAGGAGCAUGUCCAGUCCAAGCUCCUAAACAUACACAGCGAGAUUGUAGCUAUCAUGCGACAAACGUACCUUGUCUUCAAGAAUGAUGGAUAUGAGGUGCAGCAUUAUUGGUUAAAUUACGCCAAGAAGGUUGAUCGGUUGGUGGAAGAAUCCUUCAGACUGAACAUUAAGCGGUCACUGCUGGAGCUCUCCAAGGCCAUCAAUGGUGAUCCCAAAUCCACACCCAACGCACUCUUCAGGGUCCUUGUGGUUCUCCAGGACAGCACACCAGGAAAGGUGGAGUUCUCACCUACACUUUCUAAACUUGCCAAUUGUGUCAACCACAUUAGCAAUCAGAUUAAGAACUCCCUCAGUGUCUUCAAGCGUAUACCAGAACUUCUGACCCGGAGGAAAUCUACUCUGCAAUCCAUCAUCUUAAACAUUGAGCAUGACGAGGAGAUUAAGAAGAUCCAAGCUCAGAUCAGCAAUGGCAUGGCAACCAAUGCCUCCAACCUUCAGAAUUAUUUGAAAACCUGGGAUACCUACCGUGAGAUCUGGGAGAUAAACAAAGAUUCUUUCAUCCGCCGUUACCAGCGCCUCAAACCUGCCGUCUCAUCCUUUGAUGCUGAUAUUGCUCGAUACACAGAGGUAGCCAACAAUGUGCAGAAGGAAGAGACAGUCAUACAGGUUCAGUUUGUGCUCCUGGACUGUUCUCCACUCAAGUUCUCCCUCGUCCAGCACUGCAGUGAGUGGCAGAACAAGUUCACCACCCUACUGAGUGAGAUGGCAAGCAACGUGCUGAUGGAUUUACUCGGGUUCCUGGAAGAGAACAGAAAAAAAGUCACCCAUGUUCCAGAAAACCUAGAAGAGCUGACAUCUGGUAUCCAGCUACUAGAGAUGCUUCAGAGGGAGCUCCCAAAGAUGGAGGCACGCAUCCCACCCAUCCACGAGCAGUUCAGCAUCUUGGACAAGUACGAGUUCCAGAUUGAUGAAAAUGUCCGUUACCGACUGGAGUCCCUGAAUGGUGAAUGGAUGAAUUUCCAGCAGAUGCUGAUUGACAGUGAGAGCAUGUUGAAGAAACACAAGGAAAAGUUCAGGGCAGGUCUCAUCCACGCUGCGGAGGAGAUGAAACGGAAAACCCAGUUAGCAAUUGAAGAUUUCUCCAUGAGGGGUCCCUUCAGCAGUGCACUGAGCCUUGAGGCUGCACUGGGCCUCAUAGCCGAACUGCGCAGUAACCUGAACGCCCUGAAAGUUGAAGAGAUUGAAAUUCACAACGGCCUCAAUGUCUUCAAGAUCGAUCAGCCUUUGUCCAAGGAGCUCCAGGCUCUGGAGAGAGACUUGGAUUACCUCCAGCAGGCAUGGGAGGUUACCAAGGAGUGGGAAGAAUCUUGGGUGGAGUGGAAGGGGGAGAAGUUCAGCUCAUUGAUGACUCAGGUUAUGGAGAACACUGCGAAUGGCUACUACAGGAAGCUCCACAAGCUUAGCCAGAUACUCAAGGAUAGGAACUGGGAUGUCAUAGCUACAUCAAAGAACAAGGUCCAGCAGUUUAAGAAAACAAUGCCCCUGAUUACUGACCUAAAGAACCCAGCCAUGCGUGACAGGCACUGGAACAACAUCAAGGACGACGUGCAGAAAGUAUUUGACCACACCAGUGAUGACUUCACACUGGAGCGUAUCAUCGAUCUGGGCUUAGAGCAGUAUGCAGAUGUAAUCAGCAGUAUCUCGGCAGCAGCCAGCAAGGAGCUCUCCAUUGAAAUGGCUCUGGAAGGAAUAAAGAAAACCUGGGAAGUGACAACACUGGAUCUUGUGCCUUACAAGGACAAAGGCCAUUACAAGCUGAAAGGAACUGAUGACAUCUUCCAGAUAUUGGAGGAAAACCAGCUCACGUUGUCAACCAUGAAGUCUUCUCCCUAUUUAAAAGCGUUUGACAAGCAGGUGGAUUACUGGGAGCGCUGCCUCUCUCUCAUUUUGGAGGUGGUAGAAACGAUCCUAAUUGUGCAGAGGCAGUGGUUGUACCUGGAGAAUAUUUUUCUUGGUGAGGACAUCCGUAAACAACUCCCUCAGGAGUCAGCGGAGUUUGACAGCAUCAAUGAACAGUGGAAAGUGAUCAUGUACCGUCUGGUCCAUGAGCCCAAUGCGCUGAAAGGAACCCAUUACCCAGGUCUCCUGGAUGCCUUGAAUGGAAUGAAUGGGAAGCUGGAAGAGAUUGAGAAGUCCCUGGACAUGUACCUGGAAACCAAGCGACAGAUCUUCCCUCGCUUCUACUUCCUGUCCAAUGAUGACCUGCUGGAGAUACUGGGGCAGUCGCGCAAUCCUCCAGCAGUGCAACCCCACAUGAAGAAAUGCUUUGACAACAUCAAGACUCUCAAAAUGCAAAAGGUUGGAACAACAAACAGAAUGGAGGCAACUGGAAUGCUCUCAGCCGAUGGGGAGUAUGUAGAGUUCAAGCAUCCCACUCUGCUUGAGGGCCCUGUGGAGGCUUGGCUUUGUGAUGUGGAACGUACUAUGCGCUUUACUCUAAAAGACCUUCUCAGGGAGACUCGAAUGUCUCUAAAGAAAAUGCUCACUCGACGGGACAAGUGGGUGAAGGAGUGGCCAGGCCAGAUGCUAAUCACUGCCAGCCAGAUUCAGUGGACUACUGAUGUUACCAAAGCACUGAUAUCGGCCAAAGAUCUGGAUGAUAAGAAGCCACUGCGAGUUAUUAAACGGAAACAGGUGAGCAUGUUGCACAAGUAUUCUGAGGCCAUUCGAGGAAGCCUGACCAAGAUCAUGCGCCUCAAGAUAGUGGCCCUGGUGACAGUGGAGGUCCAUGCUCGAGAUGUCAUUGACAAGUUGUACAGGAUUAACUGUAUGGAUGUGACGGCAUUCGACUGGCUCAGCCAGCUUCGGCUCUACUGGGACAAGGAUCUGGAUGACUGUCUAGUCCGACAGACUAACACCCAUUUCCAGUAUGGCUAUGAGUAUCUGGGCAACUCUGGACGCCUGGUGAUCACUCCACUGACGGAUAGGUGCUACAUGACACUGACGACUGCUCUCCACCUGCGUCGAGGAGGUUCCCCCAAGGGUCCUGCUGGAACAGGGAAGACUGAAACGGUGAAAGAUCUGGGGAAAGCACUGGGAAUGUACGUGAUUGUGGUCAACUGCUCUGAAGGCCUUGACUACAAAUCCAUGGGCCGAAUGUACUCUGGACUGGCACAGACUGGAGCCUGGGGUUGUUUCGAUGAAUUUAACCGCAUCAACAUUGAGGUGCUGUCAGUAGUGGCUCAGCAGAUCCUUUCCAUCCUGUCCGCUCUGUCCGCUGGGCUAAACCGCUUCGUCUUUGAAGGGCGCGAGAUCAACCUGGUCUGGUCGUGUGGCAUCUUCAUAACCAUGAACCCAGGGUAUGCUGGCCGCACAGAACUGCCAGAUAACCUGAAGUCAAUGUUCAGGCCUAUCUCCAUGGUGGUCCCUGACUCAACACUGAUCGCAGAGAUCAUCUUGUUUGCAGAGGGGUUCAACAACUGCAAGGCCCUGGCCAAGAAAGUCUACACCCUCUACUCAUUGGCUGUGCAGCAGCUCUCCAAGCAAGAUCACUAUGACUUCGGCCUCCGAGCCCUCACGUCCCUGCUUCGUUAUGCUGGCAAGAAACGGCGUGACAAGCCCCAGCUCUCUGAUGAGGAGAUCCUCCUGAUGUCCAUGAAGGACAUGAAUAUGGCCAAACUCACCUCCAUCGACCUGCCGCUGUUUUCUGGCAUUAUCCAUGAUCUCUUCCCAGGGGUGGAAACUCCAGUCCUGGAUUAUGGAAAGCUGAAGGAAGCCAUUGAGGUAGAGCUGGUGGAAUCGGGCUACAAGGUCACAGAGUUCUCCGUGUCAAAGAUAAUCCAACUGCACGAGACUCAGAGCUCCCGGCACUCCGUCAUGAUCGUGGGCAAAACGGGCAGCGGCAAGACAGUGGUGUGGCGCACGCUGCAGGGGGCACUGUCAGCUCUCCAUCGGAAUGGAGAGCCUUACAAUCUGGUCAAGGACUAUCCUCUGAACCCGAAGGCAGUGUCACUGGGAGAGCUAUAUGGCGAGUAUGACCUGUCAACAAACGAGUGGACAGAUGGAGUGCUGUCCAGCAUCAUGAGAGUUGCUUGUGCAGAUGAGAAACCAGAUGAGAAAUGGAUUGUGUUUGAUGGGCCAGUGGACACGCUCUGGAUUGAGAGCAUGAACUCAGUCAUGGAUGACAACAAAGUGUUGACAUUGAUCAAUGGGGAGCGGAUAUCGAUGCCCGAUCAGGUUUCUUUGCUGUUUGAGGUGGAGAAUCUGGCGGUGGCCUCUCCUGCCACAGUUUCACGCUGUGGGAUGGUUUACACUGACUACACUGACCUAGGAUGGAAACCAUUUGUUGAGUCGUGGUUGAACAAACGGCCCAAGGAGGAGCAGGAGCAGCUUCAGGAAAUGUUUCAGAGAAGCAUGGAAAAAACGCUGCGUUUCAAGGCAGAAAAUUGUAAGGAACUGAUCCCUAUUGCUGAGCAUUCUGGAGUGGUAUCUCUGUGCAAGCUCUACGAGACCAUGGCUACAGUGGAAAAUGGGGUGAACCCCGCAGAUCCUGAUAACUACACGCACAUGAUUUCCAUGGUCUUUCUGUUCAGUUUGAUCUGGUCUGUGUGCGCAUCCGUGGAUGAAGAGGGGAGGAAAAAGAUGGAUAACUUCUUGCGGGAGAUGGACGGCAGCUUCCCCAGCAAGGAAACUGUCUACGAGUAUUAUGUGGAUCCAAAAACCAAAGUCUGGACCUCAUUUGAGGAAAAGUUGAUGAAAUCUUGGCGUUAUCCCUCCAACCUGCCUUUCUACAAAAUCAUUGUCCCCACAGUGGAUACGGUGCGCUACAACUUCCUGGUCACCAGCCUGGUGUCCAACCAGUGCCCUGUGCUGCUGGUUGGACCUGUGGGCACGGGAAAGACCUCAGUGGCUCAGAAUGCACUUCAGAGCCUUGAUUCAGUUACAUGGUCAGUACUGACUGUCAACAUGUCUGCUCAGACUACAUCUAAUAACGUCCAGGAAAUCAUUGAGAGCCGUGUGGAAAAGAGAACCAAAGGUGUUUACGUUCCUCUUGCUGGCAAGAGGCUCAUCACCUUCAUGGAUGACUUGAACAUGCCGGCCAAAGACACAUUCGGCUCCCAACCACCCCUGGAGCUGCUGAGGCUCUGGAUCGAUUACGGUUUCUGGUAUGACCGACGCAAGCAGACUGUGAAGCACAUCAAGGAGAUGUUUCUGAUGGGUGCGAUGGGCCCUCCUGGAGGUGGCCGGACAGUUAUCUCUCCACGCCUGCUAAGCCGCUUUAACCUGAUCAACAUGACAUUUCCUGUGACCUCCCAGAUUAAGCGUAUUUUCAGUACGAUGAUAAACCAGAAGCUGCAGGACUUUGAAGAGCAGAUAAAGCCAAUUGGCAACAUCAUCACAGAUGCCACCAUUGAGCUUUACGAUGAAGUUGUUCAGAGAUUUCUGCCAACACCAACCAAAAUUCACUAUCUCUUCAACCUCCGAGAUAUCUCCAAGGUUUUCCAAGGGAUGCUCCGUGUGCACAAAGAUUACCAUGACUCAAAAUCCAGCAUCGCUCGGCUCUGGCUCCAUGAAUGUUUCAGGGUGUUUUCUGAUCGGUUUGUGGACCAGAAGGACAUGGAACUGUUUAUGACAUUGCUGAAUGAGAAGUUGGGAACCUUCUUGGAUAUGACAUUCCACAAUCUCUGUCCUAACAAGCAACCACCCAUCUUUGGUGACUUCAUGCGAGGAGAUGUCUAUGAAGACCUCACCAACUUCAAGGCACUGAAAGCCUACAUGGAGGCCCAGCUGGAGGAGUAUAAUGCCACCCCUGGGGUGGUGCCAAUGAGCCUUGUUCUAUUCAAAGAUGCCAUUGAACACGUGACUCGGAUUGUGCGUGUGAUCGGCCAGCCCCGAGGAAACAUGCUCUUGGUUGGGAUUGGGGGCAGUGGGCGACAGAGUCUCUCCCAGCUAUCAGCCUUUAUCUCUGUCUACAAUACGUUCAAGAUCGAAGUUACCAGGGUCUAUCGCAAGCUGGAGUUUAGAGAUGAUCUCAAGAAAAUUUACAAAGAAGCUGGAGUUCAAAAUAAUCCAACAAUGUUUCUCUUAACGGACACCCAAUUAGUUGAAGAGAGCUUUUUGGAAGAUAUUAAUAAUAUUCUGAGCUCAGGAGAAGUUCCGAAUUUGUUUAAAGCAGAUGAACUUGAUGAGAUCAAAAAUGCUCUUCUAAAUGAAGCUAAAACUGAAUCUGUUCCUGAAACAAAUGAAGGAAUCUUUAAUUUCUUCCUGGAAAGAGUGCAAAGCAAUCUGCAUGUGGUGUUGUGCAUGAGUCCUGUUGGAGACCCCUUCAGGAACCGCAUGCGCCAGUACCCAGCGUUGGUGAACUGUACCACCAUUGAUUGGUUCUCAGAGUGGCCACAGGAUGCCUUACUUGAAGUAGCUGAACGGUAUCUGAUGAAGGUGGAUGUCGGAGGAUCUGAAGAGCUCCGCAGUAACCUGGCACACAUCUUCGUCAUGAUGCAUCGCUCGGUCAGCAUGUACUCCCAAAAGAUGUUGCUGGAAUUGCGGAGACACAACUACGUCACCCCAACCAACUACCUGGAACUAGUAUCUGGCUAUAAGAAAUUGCUGGAGGAGAAGCGAAUUGAGAUCAGCAGUCAGGCCAACAAGUUGCGGAAUGGUUUGUCCAAAGUGGAUGACACUCGGGAUAAGGUGGAGGUGAUGUCCGUCGAGCUGGAGGAGGCAAAGGUGAAAGUGGCUGAGUUCCAGAAGCAAUGCGAGGAGUACCUGGUGAUCAUCGUACAGCAGAAGCGCGAGGCCGACGAGCAGCAGAAGACUGUGAGCUCCCACAGUGAGAAGAUCGCAGCAGAAGAAAUCAAGUGCAAGGUGAUGGCAGAAGGAGCCCAGAAGGAACUGGAUGAGGCCUUGCCGGCAUUGCAGGAUGCCAUGAGGGCUCUGGAGUCGUUGAAUAAGAAGGACAUGACAGAGAUCAAAUCGUAUGGACGUCCACCUGUCCUGGUUGAGACGGUGAUGCAGGCUGUCAUGAUCCUCCGAGGCUCUGAGCCCACUUGGGCUGAGGCAAAGAAGGAGCUGGGUGAGCCAAACUUCAUCAAACAGCUGAUAAACUUUGAUAAAGACAAUAUUUCAGAUAAAGUGUUGAAAAAAAUUGGAACAUACUGUGCACAGCCGGAUUUCCAGCCAGAAAUUGUGGGACGGGUGUCUGUGGCAGCCAAGUCCCUCUGCAUGUGGGUUCUCGCCAUGGAGCUGUAUGGCAGACUGUACCGCGUGGUUGAACCCAAGCGUCUCCGGCUGAAUGCUGCCUUGGCACAACUGGCAGAGAAGCAGGCAUCGCUUGCCGAGGCACAGGCGAAGUUAAAGGAGGUUGCUGAGAAGUUGGAAAUGUUGAAGAAGCAGUAUGAUGAGAAACUGGCUCAGAAAGAGGAACUGCGCAAAAGGUCAGAGGAGAUGGAAAUCAAACUGGACCGGGCCGCCAAGCUGCUGUCGGGGCUCGCUGCAGAGAAAGUACGCUGGGAGCAAACUGUGAAGGGCCUGGAUUCAGACAUGGGCUACCUGGUUGGCGACUGUCUGCUGGCCUCAGCCUUCCUCUCCUACAUGGGUCCUUUCCUGUCCAACUACCGCGACGAGAUCGUCACUGACAUCUGGAUGAAGGAGGUGAAUGUACGCACUGUCCCAUACUCACCCGAAUUUGCCUUCGCAAACUUUCUCUCGAACCCAACGACCGUGCGAGACUGGAAUAUCCAGGGACUGCCAACAGAUGCCUUCUCUACGGAGAAUGGAGUCAUCGUAACCAGGGGCAACAGGUGGCCUCUCAUGGUCGACCCACAGGGACAGGCGCUAAAGUGGAUCAAGAACAUGGAACAUUCCAAGGGACUGAAAAUAAUCGACUUCCAGAUGAGCGACUAUAUGCGAGUGCUGGAGAACGGGGUGCAGUUUGGUUCCCCUAUCCUCCUACAGAAUGUCCAUGAAGAACUGGACCCUUCACUUGGCCCCAUUCUCAACAAAUCUGUCACCAAAGCAGGUGGCCGCCUGCUGAUGAAGCUGGGGGACAAAGAGAUCGAGUACAAUCCGGACUUUCGCUUUUACAUCACCACCAAGUUGUCAAAUCCGCACUACCCUCCUGAGAUCUCCAGCACCACCACCAUCGUAAACUUUGCAGUCAAACUGCAGGGCCUUGAGGCACAGUUAUUGGGCAUCGUGGUGAGGAAAGAGAGGCCAGAGUUGGAAGAGCAAAAGGACUCACUCGUCAUCAACAUUGCCGCCGGCAAGAAAAAGCUGAAAGAACUGGAAGAUGAGAUCCUGAGGUUAUUGAAUGAGGCCACAGGAUCAUUACUGGAUGAUGUCCAAUUGGUUAAUACCUUGCAGACUUCAAAGGUCACUGCCACAGAAGUAGCAGAACAGAUAGACAGCAGUGAGACCACUGAGGUGAAGAUUGAUGCUGCUCGAGAGGGUUAUCGUCCGUGCGCUGAACGAGCUUCCAUCCUCUUCUUUGUGCUGAAUGACAUGGGCAAGAUCGACCCCAUGUACCAGUUCUCACUGGAUGCCUACAUUGAUCUCUUCAACCUGAGCAUUGAGAAGAGCAAGCGCACUCCAAAGCUGCACGAACGAAUCAUCAACCUCAAUGAAUACCACACCUACGCUGUUUACAGGUACACGUGCCGUGGGCUCUUUGAGAGGCACAAGCUGCUCUUCAGUUUCCAGGUCUGCAUCAAGAUCCUGGAGGCAGCCGGAAAGCUCAACAUGGACGAGUACAACUUCUUCUUGCGUGGGGGUGUGGUGCUGGACAGAGAGGAGCAGAUGGACAACCCGUGCCCUGGGUGGCUCGCAGAUACCAAUUGGGACAACAUCACAGAACUCGAUAAGCUGACCAACUUCCAUGGAAUUAUGAACUCGUUUGAACAGUAUCCCAAGGACUGGAAUGCUUGGUACACCAGCUCGGUGCCAGAAACUGCACUACUGCCAGUGGAAUGGGAGAAUACCUGCAACGAGCUUCAGCGGAUGCUGAUCGUGCGCUCCCUGCGGCAGGACCGUGUCGCCUUAUGCGUGACGUCCUUCAUCAUCAACAACCUUGGCUCCAAGUUUGUGGAACCCCCGGUGCUAGACAUGCAUUCGGUGAUUGAUGACUCCAACACAAGGACACCGCUGAUAUUUGUGCUUUCGCCGGGGGUUGAUCCCACCAAUGCCCUGCUACAACUGGCUGAACACUCGGGAAUGGCAACCCGCUUCCAUGCAUUGUCACUGGGUCAGGGCCAGGCCCCCAUUGCCACACGGAUGAUCACCGAGGGAGUGGCAGAAGGGAACUGGGUCUUUCUUGCCAACUGCCACCUCUCACUCUCCUGGAUGCCCCAGUUGGAUAAACUCAUUGAACAGCUGCAGAUCGAAGAACCACAUCCUGACUUCCGACUCUGGAUCAGCUCCAGCCCCCACCCGGACUUCCCGGUCUCCAUCCUGCAGAGCAGCAUCAAGAUCACAACAGAACCGCCGAAGGGUAUCAAAGCAAACAUGAAGCGCCUCUACAACCUGGUCACCCCACAACAGUUCAGCCGCUGUUCCAAACCCAGGAAGUACAAGAAGCUGCUCUUCGCCAUGUGCUUCUUCCACAGCCUUCUGCUCGAGCGCAAGAAAUUCCUGCAGCUUGGCUGGAACAUUGUCUACAGCUUCAAUGACUCCGACUUUGAGGUGUCUGAAAACCUACUGAGCAUUUACCUAGACGAGUAUGAUACUACCCCCUGGGAUGCCCUCAAGUACCUGAUUGCAGGUGUGAAUUACGGGGGACAUGUGACAGACGACUGGGACCGUCGCCUCCUCACCACCUACAUCAACGACUUCUUCUGUGACAAAGCCAUCACCACCAAUUACUACAAACUCUCCAGCCUGGAUAACUACUACAUCCCCAAAGAUGGUGAUCUAGAUUCAUACAAGGAAUAUAUCAGCAUGCUGCCCAGUGUGGAGCACCCUGAGGCCUUUGGGCAGCACCCCAAUGCAGAUGUGGCCAGUGAGAUCGCAGAGGCUCGCAGACUCUUCGACACACUACUGUCCCUCCAGCCUCAGGUCACCACAGCUGAGGGCAGGGGCCUAAGCCGGGAGGAGAAGGUCCUUGAGCUGUCAGGUGACGUGUUGCAGAAGACCCCAGGAGACCUGGACUAUGAAGGAACAAGGGCGAUGAUUCAGGAGGACAGCUCCCCACUGAAUGUAGUGUUGCUGCAGGAGAUUCAGCGUUACAACCUUCUCCUUAACAUCAUCCGGGUAUCACUAACUGAGUUGAAGAUGGCAAUUCAAGGGCUGGUGGUCAUGUCUACUGAUCUGGAGGAGAUAUUUAAUAGUAUCCAUGAUGCCCAUGUGCCAUCCUUGUGGGAGCUGGCGUACCCAUCCAUGAAGCCACUGGGAGCCUGGACUCGUGACCUGGGGCACAGGGUGGAGCAGUUUGCCAAGUGGGCUGAAUCGACACACCCACCUGUCAUCUUCUGGAUCUCAGGCUUCACCUUCCCCACGGGGUUUCUCACCGCCGUGCUGCAGCUCUCCGCUCGCAAGAACAUGAUCUCUGUUGACUCGCUCUCCUGGGAGUUCAUUGUUGCUGUGGUCGAUGACAACAACUUGCUGGAAUCCCCUAAGGAAGGAGUGUUCGUCAGGGGGUUGUACCUGGAAGGGGCAGGCUGGGACAAGCGCAACGCCUGCCUGGUGGAGGCCGAACCGAUGCAGCUGGUGUGUCCCAUCCCCACCAUCCACUUCAAACCCGUGGAGAACAGGAAGAAGUCCUCCCGAGGUACCUACCUCUGCCCCUGUUACUAUUACUCUCAGCGAGCAGGCAGCAGCCGACAUCCCUCCUUUGUGAUAGGCAUCGAGCUGAAGACCGGAGAGAAGCUUCCUGAUCAUUGGAUCAAACGGGGCACCGCUCUCCUCAUGAGCCUCGACUAUUAGAUCCCCUUCUCCUCAGCUUUAAGCCCCUAGUCACUACGCAACGCCCACCCACACCAUGCACAGAACAGAAUCAUCAGGGUUGGAACACAAUGGAGAUGGAAGUUGUUCUCUGUCACUACCACUGGACCAGAACUGUCUAUUUACUAACAUGAAAAUAAAUGUUUUUAAACAUUGA